UCGAAGGAGGCCAGUCAAAGCGGAGCAUAAGAGCAAAUGGGUGGACAAUGAAUCGCACGAUGUUCUCCAAUACAACGGUAUAAUGUGAAUAGUGAUAAAUCGACAUGAUAUGGUGCAUAAUCGGAUUGUAAACGCGCGCGGUAAUGUGGAUAAAAAGUAAAAAAGCUAAGAAAAAAGUGCAGUGACUCUACGUUUGAUUGGUAGUGCACGCAGAGCGGCCCUUCGUGUACAUACACAUGUAAUGACAAACUGACCCGAAAGCAGGAAGGACAGGAAGAAAGAAAAUGGAGCAUCGGAAGCAAACGAUGAGCUCGACGGAAAUAGCGAAAGCUAACGAGGAGUUCGAUCUGUUUUGCAACGCGACCACUUUGAAAUCAAUUCUGGGACACUACAGGCAUCUCUGCGAUUUGCUCAGGAUCAGGCCGAACGUGAUCAAUCAAUUUUAUCCAAAAUUGAAAGCGAAAUUGCGAUCGUGGAAGGCUCAAGCCCUCUGGAAAAAAUUCGAUCAGAGGGCCAAUUACAAAUGUUACAAUCGUGGCAAAGCAUGCCCGAACACGAGGGUGUUGAUCAUCGGAGGCGGGCCAUGCGGCCUUCGUUCGGCGAUAGAGGCGCAAUUAUUAGGAGCGAAGGUUGUCGUUGUAGAGAAACGGGAUCGAAUGUCCAGGAACAACGUGCUUCACCUGUGGCCCUUCGUUAUCCACGACCUCCGCGCCCUGGGGGCGAAAAAGUUCUUCGGCAAAUUUUGCGCCGGCUCCAUCGAUCACAUUAGCAUUCGACAACUUCAAUGUAUAUUGCUCAAAGUCGCUUUGAUCCUCGGCGUCGAGUUCCACGAGAGCGUCAGUUUCGACGCUUUGAUAUCUCCGCCUGAGAAUCAAGAAGAGGGCAAGAUCGGUUGGAGAGCGAAAACCACUCCUGCCGAUCAUCCAGUCUCUCAGUACGAGUUCGACGUGUUGAUAGGCGCCGACGGGAAGAGAAACACGUUGGAAGGUUUUAAGCGGAAAGAGUUCAGGGGUAAAUUGGCUAUUGCGAUAACGGCGAACUUCAUAAAUAAACGGACCGAGGCGGAAGCCCGUGUCGAAGAAAUUAGCGGGGUUGCCUUCAUCUUUAAUCAAAAGUUUUUCAAAGAAUUGUACCAGGAGACGGGUAUUGACCUAGAAAAUAUCGUGUAUUACAAAGACGACACUCACUACUUCGUGAUGACAGCUAAGAAGCACAGUCUUAUAGACAAGGGAGUGAUUUUGCAGGAUCACGCGGAUACGGCGAAAUUACUAGCGAAAGAAAACGUGGAUCGCGAAGCGUUGAUGCUUUACGCCCGAGAGGCUGCCGAAUUCUCCACGGAAUACCAAAUGAUUGGUAUGGAAUUCGCAGUGAACCAUUAUGGUCAACCAGACGUUGCCAUGUUCGAUUUCACGUCCAUGUAUGCGGCGGAGAAUGCCAGUCGAAUUUUGGAACGUCGUGGCCAUAAAUUACUUAUGAUCCUUGUCGGCGAUAGCCUGCUCGAGCCAUUCUGGCCAACGGGAUCUGGUUGCGCAAGAGGAUUUUUAAGCUCCUUGGACGCUUGCUGGGCGAUCAAAGGAUGGGGCGCGAACGUGUCGCCGUUGGAAGUAAUCGCCGAAAGGGAGUCAAUUUACAGGUUACUUGGACAGACUACACCUGAAAAUUUAAACAGAGAUUACGCUGCGUACACGCUAGAUCCUCAUACCAGAUAUCCCAAUUUGAACGUGUCGUCGGUGACACCGAUACAAGUGCGAAGUCUACUCGACACGGAUGAUCCCGACAGCGUGAAACAGCCUCCUGUCCAGUCUGACAUCGAUAUCCCUAAAAAACGACGUCGUCGGGAUUUGCGUGGAGAUUCGCAAGUGCAUCCGGACACGCUGCUUCGCUGGCUGCAAAAACAAGUUGCCCUGUACGACUCGGUUCAGAUAAGAGACAUGGGCGCCUCGUUCAAGAAUGGUCUGGCUAUUUGUGCGAUAAUUCACAGAUAUCGUCCAAACCUAAUAGAUUUCCACAAUUUGAACCCGGACGAUGCGGUUACGAACAAUCAAUUGGCCUUUGAUAUAUUGGAAAAAGAAUUGGGCAUACCUCCUAUAAUGACAGGGGAGGAAAUGGCCCAGUGCGACGUUCCCGAUAAACUUGCCAUGUUUUCUUACCUCACACAGAUAUACGAAGUUUUCCGCGGUGAAAUCCCGUACAUUAAACAUCCAAAAUUAGAACCUGAAAACGAAGAAAGGCCCGCACAUAGUAAACAAUUGACACCUGAUCAAAAAGUUCAGUUAAUUGACCGUAUCGUCAGGCAAGAUAGCGCAACGAGAACGAGACACUCACGAUCGCGUCAUAACGAAAAUUUAAACCCCGCGGAUAAGAAGGGGGACACGAUUAGCCGGCGUUCUCGAAAGAGACGAAGCACAGAGAAGAUGGGCGCGACAGUGGAGGAAAGGCAGAAGAGACUCGCAGAAAUAGAGAAAAAUCGCGCAGAACGUAUGAGAAGGCGGCAAUAUUUACGAAAUAUGGCGACGCAGCAAUUCUACAAAAGUAUGCAGAUGCUGCAAGCGAACGCAAAACGCGAGAAAGACGAGCCGUUCGAAGAUUAUUCAAUAUUCUUAUAUCGUCAAACUGCACCGGAUUUCAAGGAUAGGGUGAAAUACCUAGAGCAGAAAAUAUUAUAUCCAGAUAGAGAACCUAAGAUUCACGCUGGUCAUCAUAGAAAUAGCAUAGACGAAGAGUUCUCCGGUAGAAUAAAAAGUAUCGAAGACAAGUUGAAAGGAUCUACACCGGUUGAGAAAAAACCCAGAGAUCUUCUGCGUGCAAUUGGUAAAAUUGAGAAGACCGAUUGGAAUGUGAAGGAAAUCGAGAAGAAAAUCGAGGAGAAUAAAAUGGGUCGUUUGGUUCGACACGACAAAGUAGAACGAGUGCCGAAAUGGAGUCGAGAACAGAUGUGUAUAUGCUUCAUUCAGUUUUUAGCUCGACAAAUCAAGAUGGAGAAGAAGGGACGUGAUCAAAGGGAGACAGAUAGUAAGUACGCUGAUAUUGACAAUACCCUGAAGAAUAUUGACAGGAAGAUCAAAGAGGGUAAUGUGCUUGGGUACAAUAAAGUGUCGGCAAUGGCCGAACAAUUUUCAAAUAAAAGUCAGGACGCGGAGCCCAAGAUGCAGAAAUCGAAUGUCAAGCCCACGAUAACGUUACCUGCUCAAGGAGGUUCAGAAAUGUGUCAUUUUUGUAAUAAAAGAGUUUAUCUAAUGGAGAGACUUAGUGCCGAAGGGAAAUUUUUCCAUCGAGGAUGUUUUCGUUGCGAAUAUUGUUCUACCUCGUUAAGAAUAGGAAACCAUACAUUUGAUCGGGAUAAAAAUGGAGGACGAUUUUAUUGUACGCAACAUUUUGGUUUCUCAGGAACGUUGAAAACUCGCGUGGAAAAGAAGAAAAUUACGACGUUGAAUAAAGAAAAUAUACCUGCAACGUCUGUAAAUCUAAAAACACCCGAAAAAGGAAAGAUAUCUUUAGAGGGUGUUGUUGGUCUUGAUUUACUUGAUCGUGGACAAACACCUGAGAGAAUAGAAUUCGAAAAUUUAGCAGGAAUAUCGGAUGCCGAAGAACCUCAAAGCCAAAUGGAUGAAGAUGAAUGGACGGAUAGGAAUUUCGGGGCUUCUACCGCAGAAAUGGGAUCCAGUGAUGAUAUUUCGGAUAUGAGCGAUUCAGAUGAUGAUAACGAAGUAUACGAAGAGGCAAUAGAUCAACCCUUAACAACCGAAGGAACUCUUGAACUUGCGAAAAAUUGGACGCUACGAUAUUCUCAUCCUCAUGCUGCAAUGGGACAAUCUGAUACAGGAAGCAACGAGUAUGAAGAUUCUAGCGAUGAAUAUACGAAUGAAGACGAUGAAAGUACAACUGCUACGGAAGAUGAAGACGACAUACGUGCCCGAGAACUUAGAAAGCAAGAAGUUUGGUUGAAGAAUCCCACACGUAGCUCCGAUACGGACAGCGGUUCAGAAACGGAGGUUGCCUCUGAUGAAGGUACGUCGGAAGAAAGCGAAGAAAACUCAGCUACAGAAAUAUCUACAGAUUCUGAAUUCGAACACGAUGGUGCAACUCCUACGCAGCACGAGAUUCCAGAAAUCACGAUCAACGAUACAUAUGUCCGGAAAACAAGAGGAAAUUACGUUGAACCUAAGAAAGUUCAAGUAAAAAGUAAAGUCAUCUCAUCGAUUAAUGGUAAUCUGAAGCAAGAUAAAGAUGCGAAAUCGCAACUGAAAAUGGAUCACGAUAUAAAUCCUUCUCAUCUUGAAAAAGAGAGCAAGCUGAAUUUAUUAGGAUUCAAUAAUACUAAUGCAGUUCCAUUAAUAAAUCCACGUAAAGGAGAUUAUUUAUUAAACCGUACCCAUUCUACCGAAGGUAUCGCAUCUAAGCUAUCUUUGGAAUUGAAGAAGAAAUAUUUACUCGGUGGUACAGCUUUUGGAGGUUCCGUUAUGAAAUCGGGAUCAGCCUCGAAUGUCGAUACUCAAUUGAGAAAUUUUACAGAUGCUAUUUCCCAACACCAAAAACUUUUAAAUCCCGCUCCAGAGCCGAGUCCUACGAUGCAAGCAUUCCUGCAAGGGACGAGCAAAUUGCGAUCGAAUAACACCCAACUUUCUCCUAUAUCGCCCACAGCUAUAUUUUCUUCCGUGAAACCGUACAUAGCGAAUCGAUCCACCCAGAAUUUAUUAAACAAUGAUAAUCCUAUUUAUAAAUCGACAAUUUUGCCUGAAAUAUCAAAGACCCAGUUACCGGAUCUGGUUAAGGAAUCCAGUAUAUUAAAAUCGAAAACUACACCUAAUAUUGUCUGCGGUGAAUCCAAGAGCAUAGAAAAUAAAGAAAUUGUAAAAGAGCAAGUGGUUCCUAGUCAUCAAUUGCAUACAGAGAAAAACUCCAAAAUAUUGGAAAAUGCGAAAAACUCUGAAAAUACGGAAAAUAAUUUUACCGCAAAUAUAGAUGAGAAUAACGGUUUCCGACCACGAAGCCCUUUACAUGAAACCUCCAUCAUCGUACCUCAAGUCGAUUGGAGUAAAAACACAUUGGAGCAAGGAAAAGAGGCGGCUAGCACCGGAGAUUCAGAGAUAGAUAGCGAUUCUUUGUCAUCCGGGGAUGGCGAAGCGGAGGAAGAAGCACAGGAUCAACCACCAGCUGUUACGAAUUUGUCUCCACCCCGUUUACAAAUUCACAGUACAGAUGGAGAUCUUUUGUUGGACGAAGAGGCUGAAAAAUGUAAAGAUUUCGAUGAUGGGCAAUCGUUUGAGCCUGAUUCCAUAGAGUGCUCGUUCCUACAGGAUAAAAUGUUAAAUAAUAAGAUCAAUUCUUCAGUCCCUGGCCCGACCCCUUGCGUAAAUAAAACCUCGAUGGAACUGGAGCUGGUAAAGAACGAAAUCGAGCAAUUAGAAUUGCAGGAUGAUGGUAAAAAAAGUAUGAGCAAUUGCAGUACCCCUACAUCGAUAACAUCUGCUAUUUCUAAUAAACAUGAUGAUUCUGAGGAAAACGACGUCACAACAGCAGCUCUUACAGAAACGGAAUUCUCAGAGUGGGCUCGUGAUGGAGAAGUCUUGGUUUCGGAUGAUCUACGGGACGUUGAAUUCAAUAUUAAUCCAGAAUUCAUAACUACAAGAAGAAAAGCUACAUUAUCGGAUGCUUCGAGGAUGGGUCAUACUCCAAUUACGAUAGCCAAAGAAGAAGAUUUAACGGACAUGGACUUAGAUUCUUCGAAGUUGGAUAAACAGUUGGAUGUUCCUGUUAACAAUACCUCAAAACUCUUAGCUAAUGGUGAGAAUAUAGAUUUUAUGGACACGGAUAACGAAUCGUUAUUGGACGAUAGUUUGCAAGAUGCUUCUAAUAUGGUAAUGCUCAAAAAUAGGGGAUACGUAGAAUUUGUUAAUAUUAAAAGCACUUCAAACCUCACAAGUUCACAAGAUAAAUUAAUUGCUGACGCCCCUAUUGCGAAAUUAGAAAUAGAAAAUGAUUCCUGUUCGGAAGAAGAAGCUUACUACGAUAAGAACGUGAUAGAAAUAAAUCCAAUUACCAUGGAUGAUGUUAUGAAUAAAUUAAAUGGUUCUGUAAAUAAAUCUGAAAAUGACACCAAGUCAGACGGAAAUGUGGAAAUAAAAUCAAAUUCCAUUGAACAAGAUCAAUCCAUCGCAGAAGCGGUGAAUAAAGAAUUAUUUCAAUCGAUGGAGGAAGAUAGUUUGCUUAUCGUUGAACCUGCCGAGGACACCACUACCAGUGAAGUAGUCACUAUUCUCGCUAGUCCUGUGAAUCCACAAGUUUCAAUAAUUGCAUCUCAAACUGAAAAACAAUCGGAACAAGAAGAAGAAACGAAAACGGCGACUGAUUUGAACAAUCCUGAUUAUUUGGAAUACGUGAAGCGUUUGCAAUCUAGAAUUGCUGAAUUUAGCAAUGUCAAAGAUUCUAUAGACGUGAGAAAAUCAAAAAGGAAGAAUUCAAAAUGUUCGCUGCAAUCUCGUACAGCUGAGAUGAUAGCAGAAGAAAUUAAGAAUCAAGAAACUACAAUAAAUAAUAAUUUCAAUUCGCCGGCCACUUCGAGAAAAUUGGAAGAAAUUACCAGAGAAAGAUUCAAACAAAAAAAUGUAAUACAAGAUCUAUUAAUGGAUAAAGUAGAAGCUCAUAAACAGAAAUCCGCAGAGAAAAAGGCAAGAAGAGCUGCUAGAGCUUCGUCGUUCAAUUCAACUUCUGCCUUAUCACCGAUAAGACCAUCUAUUCCUAGUAGUUCGCUAGUUAAUAAAUUUGUACCUACAUCUAUAGUAACACUUGAAAAUAGUCCCUUGCAUAGUACUAAUUCUGCUGAAAGCAAACAGCCUAUGGAAAUUAAGAAAUCUUACGAAACCCAGCAAUUGCCUUGGAAAUCAGAGACUGAGAAAGCCAUAAAUGAAGAAAGUAAUAAAAAUGAUAUUCAAUCUUCUGAAAAUAUCACAUUAAUUAAAAUAGCCAGUGAAACAGAAAACAACUUUAGAACGCCAAUUGCACCUCCAAGAUUGAAACAUGAAGAGGCAAAGAGAACAGCAGAAAAGGCAAGACAAGAUGCGAGAGAAAGGGCUAGAUUAAAGAGUGAUGAAGAUCUGGGUCUCAGUCCAGAAGAUAAAAUCAAAGAGUUGAGAAUGAAAGUGGCACGAAGGCAACUUUCAAUGGAAGAGAGAAAAACUAAAGAAGAAACACAGCCUGAAGAUCCUCGCAUAAGACUUUAUACUUAUGGAACAAACAAGACUGAAUUAAAAUUGCAAACGAGCAAAAGUACGGACAAUAUGAAAGCUGUAGCUGAGGCAAUCAAUUUCAGUGGUUUAUCUGCUGCCAAUGCAAAAUCAAUGGAUGAAUUAUUACAUGCUGAUUCUCCCAAAUCAAAUAGCUCAAUAAUAAAAAGAGAUAAGAAACAAAAAACGAAAGAUCCAGAAAGAAGAAAAAGUAUCAUCCAAGCAGUCUCAGAUUUCUUCUUUAAAAAGGAAUCUUCUCCUUCGCCGUCCAAUCAAAAAGACAAAUUAUCUAUGUUCCGUCUGACGUCAAAGACGAAAGGCAAAUUAUGUAAAUCGUAUUCGGAAGGGUCAGAUCUUGAUAAAGUCUUAUCACCGAAAAUGAACGCUAGACCAAAAAGUGUUUGCGAAGGUAUGCUCACAAGAAACUUUUUAAAUGAAAAUCCGCCGCCAAUUCCACCGCCACCCCUUAUUUACACUAUUCCUACUACACAAAUCUCAGAUGAUAGUUUAUCAGAUGAUGAUACAAAAACAACAGCAGUAUCGACAUCAUGCAUACAUAAAGCCACAAUAACAGAAGGUUCAUAUAAUAGUAUUUCACGUAAAACAAAAACUACGAAACGAAUAGCUAGACAAGCACAAUUAAAAAGAUUGCGUAUGGCUCAAGAAAUACAAAGAAAAUUAGAAGAAACAGAAGUUAAACAAAGAGAAUUGGAAAGCAGAGGUGUUAGCGUUGAAAAAGCUCUUCGUGGAGAAGGUGAAUGCUCCGAUCGAGAAGAAGCAGAUUUACUCAGAGAGUGGUUUGACCUUAUGAAAGAACGUACAGAAUUGCGUCGAUAUGAAAAAGAGCUUUUAGUACGAGCUCAAGAGGUUCAACUUGAAGAUCGCCAUGAAAGAUUGCAACAAGAAUUACGUGAACGCUUAGCUGAUGAUGAUAAUAAAAAGACCAGUGCCGAUGUAAAAAAGGAAGGAGAAAUUUUAACAGAAAUGUUGGAAAUAGUCGCAAAACGGGAUUCGCUUAUUGCACUUUUAGAAGAAGAGCGACAAAGGUAUCAAGACGAAGAUCGUGACCUUGAAGCUCAAAUGUUGGCCAAAGGCCUCAGAUUAACACCAAUAAAAAAAUGUGGUCCUAAGUAUUCAGUUUAAUAGGAAUCACAUUAUUGUACAUAUACUCCAUUCUAUAUAUCCAUUGAUUAAUUUUACUAAAUAAGUAAAUUAAGUAUAAUGUAAAUAAGAAGUAAAUCUUAUAAGGAUCAAUUUGAUCUUACAAAGAUCAAAACUAAAAUUUUAUGUUAUUUUUUUUUAUAUAUUGAAAGAAAUUCAUUUGAAAUGUUGUCUUUCAUUGUAUAUGUGCAAAUCUCACAUAUUUUAAAAAAUUACAGAUCAAUUAUUAUAUUUUAGAUUCGAUUUUUACAGAUUAUUAUGUAAUAUAACAUUCAUUUUGAGCAUAUAUAUAUUAUACGCGUUUUUAAGAAGUUU